GUACGGACUAGGACUAGGAAAAGAAAACCAAAAAGAAAUAUCUCUGCCUUUGCCUUGGCCAUGUCCGAGAGACAAAACAGAGAGAGAAACCAUCAACAACGUUUAGAGUUGUGUCUCUCUGAACGUGUCAACCAAAUCUUCAUCCUUAUAUAUUCUCUCAUUCCCUUUCUUUGUUUGUUUCAUGAUUUUAGGGCCUCUCCGUUGAAUCUAAUCUCCAGAAGCAAUAGAGGAUUUCAUUCCAAUCUUUUUUAAAACUACCCAUUUCUUCUUUUCUUUUUUUUUUUCAAGGAAAAAUAAAUCAAAAUCCAUUUUUUUUCAGAGAAAGAGAUUCCAAUUCUGCUGCUUUUAUCUCUCUGUCUUGUCCCUAGACAUGUCUUGCCGUUUCAAGUCCUCUGCUCGGUUGCUGGGAAAGGUGGAGAAAGGCUGAGGAAAAUCUUUUAGCAGUGAUUUUAUCCUACUCGAACUGUUAAACUCUUUGACAUAGCUAACUUUGGAAUAAGUUUGGUUUUGAUUGAAGUAGCUUUGGAAUGGAAGGUGAUAUAUUUUCAGGAUUUGGUAAUGGAACUCAAGUAGAUGUUAAGGUUUUGCAGACAUUUCAAAAGAGUUUUGUGCAAGUUCAAGACAUCCUAGAUCAAAAUAGGUUGCUAAUCAAUGAGAUUAACCAAAACCAUGAGUCAAAGAUGCCUGAUAACUUGAGCAGGAAUGUGGGAUUAAUUAAAGAGUUGAAUAACAAUAUUAAAAGAGUUGUUGAUCUCUAUGCCGAUCUCUCAAGCUCUUUCACCAGGUCAAUGGAGGCUUCAUCAGAAGGUGACUCUGCUGGGACAUUCAAAUCUGAUGGAAAAGUUAGUCAGAAGAGAAUUAGAUCUGAGUAAAUUUGAUCAAACUCGGCUUUUGGUACAAAUUAUGUUCUCUUUCACUGUGGAAUAAAAGGAGUAUUUUGAUACUGAAGUGAAAAAAAAAAAAAAAUUGAUAGUAUUCUGUAACUCUUUUAAUGAAAGUGUGAAGAGCAUCUGAGGUUUUGAAGCUUCAGCAUAAUCCCCAGUCUUCACAUUUUCCAUUACAAAAACAUCCCAGAAAUUUACCAUUUGUAAUCAUGUUGACUUAGUCAGCAUCUUUAAUUAUUGUUUAAUGGACCUGGUGUGAGUGCUUAACUGUCAUUUAAA